AUGUCGAGCCACAACAGAAGGAGUUAUCUGCACGCUCUUCUCGCAUUAUCGCUGUCGAUCUCGGUCCAAAGCACAACGACCUACUACAUCAACAAAGUAGCAGACUAUUCAUCGUUAUCGCAAUGUGCCGUCGCCCCGCUCAGCAGCAUCGUCCGGAAUAUGGUGUCUGGCUGCGGUGACGGGGGACAAUACACAUCCUACAGCUGCUUCUGCACCGCCAGCUCCUCCGAAUUCAGUCACAUCAUCUCCGCCGGCGUCGAAUCGAAUUGUGGGACAAACUCAGAGAACCAGGUCUCGACGGCGUUGGAGGUCUUCCACAGCUACUGCAUGUUCAAUGCGACCGCAACAACGACGACCGAACCAGUGCAGUCUGCCAGCACAGUAACCACAACAGCGUCGACUCUCUCAGCUACAACCUCCUCCACCACAAGCCCUGCCGCCCCAGCUGCCUCCGUAACGACCACACCCAGCCCUGUCGCUACAUCGACAACAGAAACCACCAGCAUCCCAUCCACACCGUCGCCCACCCAGGCCCAAACACCCGCCAGCAAGUCCUCCAGCUCGCUAAGCACAGGCAGCAAGGCUGCCAUCGGCGUCUGUGUCCCCAUCGCGGCCAUCAGCCUCGCUGCAGUUGCGUUCCUGCUGGUCCGCAAACGGUCGCGUCGCGCGCAGCAGGACCACAACGGGAUGAUGCUGGACUCCAGCUCGCCCACCCCGCACGAGCCCCACAGCCCGACCGAGAUGCGGCCGGAGAUGUGGCAGAGAUACGAGCUGCCGGAGGACGCGAAGCGGAAGAGCACCCACUUGUAUGAACUGUCCGGGGAUGGUCCGUCGGCUGGGAGGUGA